AUGCGAGAGCUAGCGAGGGCUGCUGCAGCACAGGCUCAGAGCGCCGCGGAGCGAAAAGCGGAAGCGAACCGGCAGCUUCAAAGCAUCGAAUCUCGCGAAUGUCGCACAGAAGCUGCUCGGGCCGGGCUGUCAGCAAUGGAGCGGAGCUUGGAAUGCUCGGUGAUGCAGGGCGAGCUGGCGGUUUCGGCGGAGCUCUGUGCCCAGGAGGUGGAGGCCUUCGCUGCGCCCCGCGAGCAGCGAGCCGAAGACGACGAGGACCAUGCAGAAGCUGCAAAGCAGGACGCGGAGGCCGAAGAGGAGCGGGCCAUGGCAGCCGAGGAAGCUUCGGCAGCUUCGGUUUUCCAGGGUCUCAGCUUCCAAGGGCUUUUGGAGAGGGUGCGAAAGCUGAUCCAAGACGAGAUCGAGCGAGCCGUUCGAAGGACGAUCGAAGUCGAGAGCGCCAUAAAGGAGGCCGUCUCCUACAGUGAGAUCCGCACAAAGGAGCUUCUGAACUGCAUGGAGAAGGCAGAGCCGAUCGAAUCGUCGCCUUCGCAGAACACGGAUCUCCUGAAGAACCACUGCUCUCAGCGCUAUGCCGAGGCUGCCCCAGAAGCGGCCUUCUGUAAGACUUGUGGACACACUCUGCAGCGGCAUGUUAUCUCAGACUCCGGGAGCCCCAGCUUGCGUGGAAAGAAGAGGCGUGCCGACAGCCACCUCCAGGGGAAAGAAAUCCUGCAACCCUACAAGUGGUGA